UUUGUACAGCGAAGCCAUUAGCCAUAACCCCAACAAUGCUGUGUUCUACGGCAACCGGUGAGUAGUUUACAUCAUAGCGAAACUUUCAGAAUGAUCAUUUCAUUAAUAUGUCGGCAUGGUAGAGCUGCAGCCUACAGUCAACAGGGUAACCAUGACCAGGCUAUUGAAGACUCCAAGACCGCCAUUGAGCUUGAUCCUAGCUACAGCAAGGCUUACAGCCGUAUGGGACACGCACAUUUCUCCCUCGGUAAAUACGACGAAGCCAUCACUGCAUAUGAGAAGGGUUUGGAAUUGGAUCCUAGCAAUGCUACUCUCAAGUCAUCCAUCGAAGCUGCUCGUGGAAAGCUUAACGCUACCUCCGUUGAACGAUCAGCCAGUCCUCCCUCCGGCGGUGCCGGUGGCGGUUUCCCUGGUGGCAUGCCCGACCUUGCUGGUCUGUUAAACAACCCUGCCAUGAUGAACAUGGCUCAACAAAUGAUGCAGUCUGGUGCCUUCAACGAUUUGAUGCAAAACCCCGAACUCAUGUCCAACAUGGCCCGACAAUUCAUGGGUGGUAACGGAGGUGGUUUGUCAGAGAUGAUGCAGAACCCUGAGAUGAUGGACAGAGCACGUCAGUUCAUGGAUACAAUGGGUGGACCUAACGGUGGUGGCAAUGCUGGCAGCAACAACAACAACGAAAACAACCAAUAAAUUCCAUAAUGUAGGAAACGCACUAUCUUGGUUUCUUUAUAUAAAUUCUUCACAAUGGCAUUAGAAUCAAAAAAAGCAAAUUUUUUAUAUGUGCAAGCAGGUUU